AGUCAUGAUAUUGAACUAAAAUGAUUUGUUUUAUGACAUAAAUUACGUGACAGUCAUCGUUACAAGCUCUUAUUUUGACACGUACUAACCGGAAGUACUCAUUUAACUUAGCCGGGGUAUUUUUUUUUCCGCGUCUCUUCCUGGUGUCACUACCACACAAUGAAAAUUCCCACUCUCACAAUCUUAUUGAGCAGCCUUUUCUCAGCAGACGGCAUUCAUGUCCAGGACACUGCCGGGCAGUUCUUCAGCAGCGGUCACACCAACAACUGGGUGGUUCUGGUGUGCACGUCCAGGUUCUGGUUUAACUACCGUCAUGUGGCCAACACUCUAUCCGUGUACAGGAGUGUCAAGCGUCUCGGCAUCCCCGAUAGCCACAUUGUGUUGAUGCUGGCAGACGACAUGGCUUGCAGCCACAGGAACCCGAAGCCGGCCACCGUGUUCAGCCACAAGAACAUGGAGCUGAACGUGUAUGGCGACGACGUGGAGGUGGACUACCGAGGUUACGAGGUGACUGUGGAGAAUUACCUGCGAGUUCUGACAGGGAGGCUUCCCCCUAGCACGCCGCGCUCCAAACGUCUUCUGUCUGAUGACCGAAGCAACAUCCUCAUUUACCUGACAGGCCAUGGUGGCAAUGGCUUCCUGAAGUUCCAGGACUCUGAGGAGAUCAGCAAUGUGGAGCUGGCAGAUGCCUUUGAACAGAUGUGGCAAAAAAGGAGGUACAACGAGCUGCUUUUCAUCAUCGACACCUGUCAGGGAGCUUCCAUGUACGAAAGGUUCUACUCUCCAAACAUCAUAGCUAUAGCCAGCAGUCAAGUCGGAGAGGACUCCUUGUCGCACCAACCAGAUUCGGCCAUCGGUGUCCAUUUGAUGGACCGUUUCACCUUCUACCUGCUGGGAUUUCUGGAAGACAUCCACCCCGCCAGCAAAACUAACAUGAACGACAUGUUCAAAGUAUGCCCCAAGAGCCAGUGCGUGUCCACUGUGGGCCACCGUACCGACCUGUUCCUGCGAGACCCGGGAAGCGUUCUCAUCACCGACUUCUUCGGUAGCGUCCGCAAGGUGGAGAUCACCAUGGAAACCAUCAACUUGACCGAGCCUAUAACAUUGGUGGAAGACAAUUCCGACAACGGAGAACUGCAAAAGGCGUCGCUCUCAUACGUGGAUCAGCUGCCGGUGUCUGAGAUCAUCCAUCAGAAGCCCAAACAGAAAGACUGGCACCCUCCCGAUGGCUUCAUCCUUGGCCUUUGGACGCUCAUCCUGCUGGUGUUUUUCAAGACGUAUGGCAUGAAGCACCUCAAACACAUCUUCUGAGACAUUCGCCAUGAAUAGAGCGAGGAGCCUUGAAUAAACCGUAUUGAAAGGGAACCGUGAAAGAUGUACGCCGCCACAACUGUGAGGCCAAUGUUAUCUAUUUUUUACACUGGGACAUUUGUUGGAUGUUUUUUGUUUUUCUAUUUAAAAUGUGAUGUAUUUAAGUUUUAAGAGGAGGUGUUGCAUGCAAAAGAAGAGCUGCAUCAGGCUCAGGUGUCUUUGCACAAUUAAGGCUGGAUUUAUAUCGCAGGUCUAAGUGGCCAAUUUCCAAUUUAGCAUCUACAUGCAUUAUUUACUUUUGUCUAUAUGCAUAUUUUCAAUCACAGUAAUCUGCUAUUUGCAGGGAAUAACAAGGACGACUGAGUCCUGCCAAAAAUAGCACAAAACUGAGUAAUUGAAGCCCCCCCCCCAAAAAAAAAGUUAAUUGCCUGUAUUAAUAGUUUAAACCAUAAAUAUAUCCCAAAGUAUGUCUACUAUGACUAGUCGUAAUUACAUUUUGAAUAUUUGGAAUUUCCAUAAAAGAUCGCCCAAACUAUGUUCCCAAAACAGUCUAAUAUCAUUUCAAACCCAACAUGAGGCUUAAAAAUAAAGGAUUUACUGACUAUUUGAUUUUGGAAAAAUGCUCUGGAAGUUUGCAUAUUCAUGUAUAUACACAGGCAUCUAAGACUGUCUGUAACUUCCACUAACAACCCAGGCAAAAUUUAGCUCCUCUGCGACAUAGUCAUGAAAAAAUGUAUUUGACCACCCUUGUUUCUUCAGUUAGUUGUGAAUUUUAAUGCCUGGUACAACUAAAGAUACAUUGUAUACAUUUGUUUGGACAAAUAUAAUGAUGACAACAAAAAUACCUCAUACGCUUUUAACAGCUGAUAACUAGCCAUUUUCCAUAGUUUUCUUGAUAGUAAUCGAAAUCACUGGGAAUACAGUUAAGCUUAACAUUAAGCAAAAAGGACAAAGUAUUAUGGAAUCAGCUCCAUUUUUGUUGUGUUCCUUGUAUUCUUCAGGUUAUAUACCUUUAGUGCUACCAGGCAUUAAAAUGAACGACGGAAGAAACGGGUCGUCUUAAUAUUUUUCCUCAAUGACUGUGUAAAGCUCCUCUCGUGGGGAAUUACUGUAAUCCUGAUCCAAUGUUCCUGUGUUUACAUUACUGAACACCUGCAACAACCUACAUGUAUACCCAUCCAAAAUGUAAAGUAUGUAAACAACUACAUAAGUGCCAACAUCGAGCAGCUUUGAUGGUUAUGAAAAGUUUUAGGGCCCGAAUACCAAUUAGAAUCGCUGUGUUCAUGAUCUUUCUGACCAAUUCAUCUCCUUUUUAGGGGCCUCUGCAUGCCCAAGAAGUCCCUAAUUUGUGCAAGACAGUGCAUCCCGGUAAACACUUUAGGGUACCAAACAUGCUCACCACCCAAAAACAAAAACCCCUGACUCCAUAGCCCUCCAAGGAACACAUCAGUUUCACCAAUUGACACCAAAUUGGGUGGGCAUGCCUGUCGUAACAAGAUGCACUAAAAAGUCUCAAGGACUCAAUACAGAAUUUGAACAGGAAGUCAGACAUUUUAGUUUGAAGCAGCCAUUUUGCGGGCAAAUGACUUACACUUGGAAUUCGCCCAAAGAAGCCCCAAUCAUAAGUGGUUAUCCUAGACAGAUGGAUGAUUUGCAAAAGAUUAUAAUUUCCAUCUUUGGAUGUUGAUGGAGCACGGCAGUAAAGUUUGAAGACUCUGCUAACUUAGCUCCACAAUGUCCGAGCUCGACCAAAGUCUUGCAUGAAAUGUAGGUCCCAACUUGAAGAUAUCAGAAUAAGAAUAAGAAUCAUCUUUAUUUUCCAAGUAUGUCCAAAACACAAAAGGAAUUUGUCUCCGGUAGUUGGAGCUGCUCUAGUACGACAACAGACAGCCAUUUGAGAGAAAAUACUUUUGAGACAUAAAAACGCAGCACAGAGAGUCACUGAGCGAUGAAAGGUUGCCGGUAAUGUGGUAAUGCCGAUACAUUCUUUUUUUUUUUUUUUGCUUUUUGCUUUUUUUUUUUGUGUGAAAAUUGUGCAAAUGAUGCACCGUCCUGUCGUGAUUUAGAGCAGUUUGAAAUGACUUAUAGAGCAAUAGUCUAGUACAGUGACAUUUGUGCAAAUGGCGUAGAGACUUGAAAAAAUUUAAGCAGUUGAAAGUGACUAUUAGUGCGAUAAUCUGGAACAGUGUCAAUUGUGUAAAUGGUGGAGAAACUUCUCAAGCACAUUAGUGGCCAGUAUUGGUCAACAACACAUAUGCCAAUAGUGCAGAGUGGCGAGACUACUACAGUGGGUGCACGAAUAAUGCAUAAUUAUUAUGCAGGCUGUGGAGGGUCCAAGAGGAUUUUGCAUGCUCUUGUCUUAGUUCUUGUCUUAGUCCUCAAGGGUGGGCAGGGGUGUACCGACAAAUUUUUUCAGCAGCUUUGAUUGCCCAUUGCAGUCGGAUGAGUUUGUCCUUCUUUUGGAAGCACCAAACCAGACUGAUUCAAUGACUGCUGUACAGAACUUGGGUCAACAGCUCCUGUGGCAGGCCGUGCCGCAGGAAGUACAUUCUCUGCUCGGCCUUUUUUAGGAUGAAGUUGAUGUUGAUCUCCCACUUGAGGUCCUUAGAGACCGUAUGUAAUUCCCAGGAACUUGAAGGUCUCGACGGUUGACAUGGGGCAGUUGGACAGUGUGAGGGACAGCUGUGGCGAAGGUUGCCACCUGAAGUCCACGAUCAUUUCUACAGUCUUGAGCGUGUUCAGCUCCAGGUUGUGUCGACCGCACCACAGCUCCAGCCCCUCCAAGACAUAAGCGUCCCCCCCUAACAGAAAUGUCUGGAUGCGAUUUACUUCAUUUCUGACACUUCCGUUCUUACGCUUUGGCCAUUUUGCCCAUUUUCAACUGUCCUUCAAAACUAACUUGUUCUAGAGAUUUUGUCCGAUUGCUCCCAAGUUUAAACUAGACAGAUGGACAAUGGUAAAUUGCAAAAUAAUUCAGUUUUCGCCUCUGCAUGUCGGCAGAGCGUGGCAGCGAAAUUUGAAGAGUUGAAAGUUAAAACACUUGGGAGCAAAACUGGGAGUUGUGUGGCUUGAAACGUAGUGUAACUCCAGCCUAAGUGUCCACACAAGCGAGUCAUUGAAUAAGAAUUUAAUCACUUUUAGCGGAUGUUCUGCUCAGCAUAUUUUGUCUAUUUUUGUGUCCAAACUGCUGGGCCAGCCAGAAAAGGGGAAAAAGCGGGAUGGGGGCCCGUCUGAUUGGUGGCGACUGGCGCUGCUGAGAGAUGACUGUUACGUCUCCGCUGUCUGGACGCAUUACACCCCCUGACCGUCAUAUUGUGGAUAACAAUCCCACAUAAUACAGUCUACUCUCUCCUAUUCACCAAAUUGCCCUCCCUGCGGAAACAUCCAUUAACUUCCCAACAGUGUAGCGCUCCAACUGACGGCUAUUUCUGUGGCCGAUCGCAGUCCGGCGAUGAGUGAGUGAUAAGCCAGUAAGCCCCGGUGGCCGUCCCAAAUGGAUCCUCUUUCAUGUAAUGGUCUUUCUUCAUUCCCCUCCCAUCCUUUCAUUCCUGCCGUGACACUACAUCACCGCCUCAUUGCCGGGAGGGCUGAUUGAUGUUUAAAGCACACGGGCGCCUCCCCUCUCCAAAACCAGACAGCUGCUGCAUCAGCCACCCGGGUGCCUUUCUUCUUAUACAUUAUUAAUACCGUGCUCAUCUCUUCCUUCCUUUUCAGUCCCUUCUUUUUUAUUUCCUGCCAUCCAAUUCCCACAGCUUUCUCCCCCUUUUUUGGGUGAGGAAGCAUGUUUUUCUUCCUCAUUUUGGCGAGAUGCCGGUGCCCCGAUUAUGGAUGAAUCGCUGAAUCAAACUGAAUACAUUUGUCUCAACUGCUCGUAACCGACAAUAAUGAGCUUCCCUAAUUACUCGGAGAUCCUCCCCUCCUUUGACCGCUACAAGCGCCUCCCUUGAAGUGAUAAGCCGGAGUACGAUUUCUGGCCAUCUUGGCUCUCCGAAAGCUUGUUUGAACUCCAAAUUGUACUAUUUUUGGCAUGUGCGACUGUACUCAGAACUACAAGGUCUGUCAGAAGGGUUCCAGGACCGAUGUCACAAAAGGUCCAAUGUCACGCCUUCACGCACUCCUGAAAGGAUUCAUCCGGGAUCCUCUGCAUUUCCAUCGUCACGGCAAUCGUCCACAUCUUCAUAAUGGGUCCCCUUGAUGACCCCUUGAGCUUGGGGAAAGAGGGGGGGAAAAAAAGUCACACACGGCCAGGUUGGGUGAGUUGGGAGGUUGCUCCAGCACGGCAAAUGUUCUUCUCGGCCAGGAACUGUCGGAUGCUUCAGGGCGUUGUCAGCAGGCGCAUUGUUAUCAUGAAGCAGCCACAGGUUGUCGCCUCUUCUCAUGCACUGAAUGACGUAAACGCCGCAGGAUCUUAUUACCGAUGUGUUGGUUGAUCGUCAGCCCCACAUUCAAGGGGAAAAACUCUAGUUUUAGGUUUGAAAUAUAACGUUUGUGACACCAUUGCUGGAACCUUUCUGACACACUUCGUGCGCCAUCCUCCGUGCCCUCGAAACGGCGCCAUUUGUCAUCAAUGACAGACAAAAACAAAAGUCGAGCUUGACAGAUUUUUCCAUGGGAAGUGAAGCUGAAGCUGAAGCUUUUCAGGCAACCUUUGUAAUAUCAUUUCCAAGGAUUUAAAUGGACAUUUUAGAGGUUAUUUGAGAAUUAAUUCUCCUUCUUAGUGGUAGGCGAUUCUCAGAAGGGCUUUGCUUUGAAUGAAGCCAAACUGAUCUUUGUCCUUUGCUUGGAAAGAUUUCUUUUCCUGGUUGUAUUGUUUGCAUUUUAUGAUUGCUGUCCAAGGAAAACCCUCUGUGUCUAAAAUUUUGUAUGUGAUACAGCAAUAUUUCCAUCUCGAAUACAUUAUAAAAUGUCACAACAUUUGGAGAUACCUGUUUUUCAUCAAUACAAAAAAGUUUGGAGUUUUUCCCUACAUGUUGAGAAAUGUUUUUUCCCCCCCUAAAUAAUAUAUAAAGUCACAAAAUUUGAUAUAUCUGCCUAAGAAAAUCACAAAAUUUGGAGAAUCUUUAUCCUAAAACAAAAUUAGGUGACUCCUGCUUUUCAUAAAUACUAAAAAGUCAUAUUUGGCCAUAGCUGUUUUUAUAAACACCAUAUAUCUUCAAAGAUUUGGAGAUAUCUGCUUAAAAUUCAGGACUUUUCGAGAGACACGCUUUUCAUGAAUACUAAAGUGUCAGAACAUGUGGCGAUGCCAGCUUUUAUUCAUCAGUUAAAAAGUCACAAAAUUUGUAUAUCUGUCUGUCAUUAUUACGAAAAAGUUUGGAGGUACUUCUUUUGCAGAAAUACCAAAGAGUGACCACAUUUAGAGGUACACUAUGCGGUGUUCAUCGGGCGGCAACAUUGCAUAAUCUGUCUGUAUGAUCUCAUGACACUAAAGACUUGACUGCUGAUUUUUGUCUGCCAUUUUGUAUCACAGUGAAGGAUCUUUAUGAAUUAAAACAUUUUACAUAUUU